AUGUCCUAUUUCAUGUCUCCACAAACUCACCCAGGUCUUCUGCCUCCCGGCCAAGGUGAGACUGCUUCUCCAGGCUCAUCCCUUGGCCCCUAUAGUCCUGUAGAGCCAGCGGUGGCGGCCCCUGGUGGACGAGGCCCACUGCACCAGAAAGCUGAGCAGGUGGUACCUGCUGCCCAGGCCUGGGGCCCAGCCCUGGCAGUGCCGGAAGUCAGGGGCUGUCUUGGGGGGCCUAGCUGGGAGACACUGCGGCAGAAGGAGUAUGGCCAGUACUGCCCCAAGUUCUCCCACGUGAAGCAGCCAGAGAGCUUGGGCUGGGAGGACGGCUGCUCCAGAAGCCGAGCUCCCCACCCGGGUGGCUCCAGCAGGCCUGGGUCCCUGCUACUGUGCGGGCUGUCACCAGGGGUUGUGCCAAUGCCCGCCGAGGCAGGGGGGAAGGAGGCCGCCCCCCAGCCUGACAUCUGCAUCCUUACCCUGGCCAUGAUGAUUGCUGGCAUCCCCACCGUGCCCGUCCCAGGCCUGCGGGAAGAGGACCUGAUCCGGGCGGCUCAAGCUUUCAUGAUGGCCCAUCCAGAGCCAGAGGGGGCUGUGGAGGGGGUGCAAUGGGAGGUGGCACGCGCCCACAUAGCCUCUGGGCAGAUGCCCCUGGUGAGAUCCAGGAGGGGCCAGCCUCCUGGCUCCUGCUUGUAG